CGUGCAUUAUCCAGGUAUGCCACCCAACUUUGUUUCAGUCCACAAGAACGGAUCCUCCGUUCUGUGAAGGGGUUGAGGUCAGAAUUGCGGAUUUCAGCCUUACAGAUACCGGCAACGGCAACAUCCUUCCAAGAGGUGGUAGACUUUGUGAUAGAGGUGGAAGGAGUGAAACCAGAUGACUUCACCACGACAUCGACAUCAAAAAGGUUUCGAAGGGAAGGUGAGUUUAAUGGUUCUUACUCUAGAGGACAGAGCUCCGGAGGUCACUCAGUUCGACCAAUUCAGUCUUCACUACAGACUGUAGUUCGGGGUCCACCUCAGACCGGUCAACACUUCUCUGAGAGGCCGAUGCGUGAACCCAGAGAAUGUUACGGAUGUGGGGAGAUUGGACACAUUCAGAGGUAUUGUCCAAACCAGAGUUACAGAACCCCACUAGCUAGAGGUAGAGGUGGUCAUGGUAGAGGCCGUUAUUCUGGAGGGCGUGGUGGUCGAGGUAAUGGUGGUCACCAAAACGGCAGAGUUGAAGGGCAAAAUGGAGCCACCACUACGCAACAUGGUAGGGGCAACGGACAGACAAAUAAUGGGACCCAUUGUUACGCCUUCCCUGGGAGAUCUGAAGCGGAGGCGUCUGAUGCUGUUAUCACAGGUAAUCUUUUGGUUUGUGAUUUCAUGGCGUCUGUAUUAUUUGACCCUGGCUCCACGUUUUCAUAUGUGGAAGAGGACGGCCGUGAGCUGUUAAUUGAUCCUGUUGUUUGUUUUGACAACCCAAAAAGGGAUUCAGGAGAAAGAGGUAUCAACACCACUCCUGCCCCUGCUCCAUCUCGGCGUGCAGAUCCACCAAAGAACUAUGUCCAUGUCGACAACUCUUCAGUAAAAAAAGCAUAUUCAUCAGGUAACUCAUUUAAAGAUUACCAUUUUCCGGGAAGAGGGUGA